AUGGGAGGUGUGGAAGAUGAAGAACCAGCUUUAAAAAGAACAAAAUUGUCAGCUAAAGGAUUUUUUAGUCUUUCUAACUGUUCAUCUUCUGUGGAGUGCGUUGUAGGAUCUUCCAGUGACUUGAUGGCUCGGCCCCUAUCAGAUGAACGGGGCGAUGAAGUUGUUGGUUCAAAAGGGAUUAUAAAAAGAGAGGAGUUUGUAAGGAUAAUCACAAAGGCAUUAUAUUCUCUUGGGUACGAAAAGAGUGGGGAAAACCUAGAAGAGGAAUCUGGCAUUCCUUUGAAUUCGUCUGUGGUAAAUCUGUUUAUGCAGCAGAUACAUGAUGGUGAUUGGGAGGAAAGUGUAGCUACAUUGAAAAGAAUUGGUCUAGAAGAUGAAACCAUUGUUAGGGAUGCCUCAUUUUUAAUAUUGGAGCAGAAAUUUUUUGAGCUUCUUGAUGGGGAUAAGGUCAUGGAUGCAUUGAAGACAUUGAGGACUGAGAUUGCACAACUCUGUGUUGAUAGUACUAGAAUUCGCGAACUUUCUUCCAGUAUAGUGUCUCCGUAUGGCCAAGAUGGUUCUUCUAGGCAAGAUUAUAUAAGGGCGAGGACUCGGUUGAAACUGCUGGAAAAACUACAGAAACUGAUUCCUCCGACUGUAAUGAUACCUGAGAAAAGAUUGGAACAUCUAGUUGAACAAGCCAUCAUCUUGCAACGAGAAGCUUGCUCAUUUCACAAUAUAUUGGAUAAGGAUAUGUCAUUAUAUUCAGAUCACCACUGUGGAAAAACUCAGAUACCAUCUAGAACAUUACAGAUAUUAGAUGCCCAUGGUGAUGAAGUCUGGUUUGUACAAUUUUCACAUGAUGGGAAAUAUUUAGCCACAGCAUCAAAAGAUCAAACUGCAAUCAUUUGGGAGGUUGCUACAGAUGGUGGAGUGUCAGUGAAGCAUAGACUAUUUGGUCACCAAAAACCUGUUUCAUCCGUUUCAUGGAGUCCUAAUGGGCAGGAGCUUCUCACAUGUGGACUGGAGGAAGCUGUUAUGCGUUGGGAUGUCUUUACGGGUGAGCGCCUGCAAGUUUAUGAAAAGAAUGGUUCUGGCUUUAUCUCUUGUGCAUGGUUUCCUUGUGGAAAGUAUGUACUUUCUGGUCUCAGCGACAAGAGCAUAUGCAUGUGGACAUUAGAUGGGAUAGAAGUGGAGUCUUGGACAGGACAAAAAACCCUCAGGAUUUCUGAUUUGGAAAUAACUGGUGAUGGGGAACAUCUUCUUAGUAUUUGUAAAGAGAACACAAUACUGUUCUUCAAUAAAAAAACGAAGCAUGAGAGAUUUAUUGAAGAGGAUCAGAAGGUGAUCCUAAGCUUUGGAAGUGAGGAUUCACAGGUUUACAUAUGGCACAGAAGCUCAGGUGACUUGGUAGAUGCACUGCCUGGUCAUUCUGGAGCCAUUAACUGUGUGAGCUGGAAUCCAGCUAACCCCCACAUGUUGGCCUCAGCCAGUGAUGACCGCACAGUCCGGAUAUGGGGCUUAAAACGUCUAGAUGUGAAGUACCCAAAUGCAUACAGCAAUGGCAACAACCAUCACUGCAAUGGUGAGAAACUUAGAUGA